AUGGCCACGAGCACUACAUCUCCUGAAGCACCCUCCUCACCAGGUGUCAUGUUCAUCUCUCUGCUGGUUAUCAUCGUACUGUCAGUGGCACUGGCUGUGGGGCUGCCUGGCAACAGCUUUGUGGUGAGGAGCAUCCUGGUAAAGAUGCGGAAGCACUCUGUCACUGCCCUGCUGGCGCUACACUUGGCCCUGGCCGACUUGGCCGUAUUGCUCACUGCCCCCUUUUUCCUCUACUACACGGCCCAAGGCACCUGGACUUUUGGACUGGCCGGCUGCCGCCUGUUCCACUAUGUCUGUGGGGUCAGCAUGUAUGCCAGCGUCCUGCUUAUCACGGCCAUGAGCCUGGACCGCUCGCUGGCGGUUGCCCUCCUCUCUGCGUCCCAGACUCGCACCAAGACAGUUGCCUGGCGGUCGCUAGGAGGCAUCUGGGUGGUGUCUGUCCUGCUGGCCACGCCCGUCAUCUUGUACCGCAAGGUGACGCUGGGACCGGACAACAGGAGCCUGUUCUGCUUCCCGAAGUACCCCAGCGAAGCACAUAGGGGUUUCCAUCUGUUCUUCGAGGUGGUCACCGGCUUCCUGCUGCCCUUCCUGGCCGUGGUGGCCAGCUACUCCGACAUCUGGCGCCGGCUGCGGGUCCGGCGCUUCCGCCGCAGCCGCUGCACCGGCCGCCUGCUGGCCUUUAUCAUCCUGGCCUUCACUGCCUUCUGGCUGCCCUACCACGUGGUGAACCUGGCCGAGGCGGUCCGCGCGCUGGCGGGCAAGACAAUGGGGUCCGGGCCCGAGAGUCAGCGGCUGCACCUGGCCCAAGCGCUCAUAACGCUGGCCUUCCUGAGCAGCAGCGUACCCGUGCUGUAUGCAUGCGCCGCCGGCGGCCUGCUGCGCUCGGCCGGCAUCACCCUCGUCGCCAAGCUGUUGGAGGGCACUGGCUUCGAGGCGUCCACCAGCCGCCGCGGGGGCACCCUGGCCCAGACGGUGAGGGGCGCCCCCGCCUCUCCCGAACCUGGCCCCGCCGAGAGCCUCACUGCCUCCACCAACCCUCUGGAGCGAAGCGAAGUCAACUAGGCCUGCGGGGUGGCGGCAGCGGAAGGACGCUCGCUUUCCUCCUGGGGGAAUUACGCCCACGCUGGCUGACCCAAUUCUUCAACCUCCUCUUACCCAGAUGGCGGGUGGAGCGGAAGAGAGGGAGGGGAAGGGCAAGUCAGGGCAGAGUGGGAGCCUGGCCCCCACGGGCAGCUUUGCAAUUAAAACUGAAGUCUGAAAUUGGGUCAACCCUGUGUGCGGGGCAUGUGUAUUAUGGCGGACUCGGGUGCUCCUGGUUGCCCUUAUGGGUGUCCUUCUCAGUAGCUGAGAGGCACAUGCUUUAGUUUCCCAUGAUUUUCAGCUUUGGAAGAGACACAGACAUAGAAAUCAGACCUCCUUCCCUCCCUGCUUCUGAGGCAGGUGGUCUGCAGAUCAUACUGAGAACAACACAGGGCUGCAGACCCCUGAAGGAGCUGGCCAAGGAAGACCACGCAUGUGGGCUCAUCACUCCAGACUCUCCGACUCAGCGGACCUUCACUCCCUGACUUAGCUAACCUUCUGAGAACACUUAGCACUGCUGUGAGGUGUCUGCCCUGAAGGCUGUGAUGGGUAUCUUUAUUAGCAGCACUCCAACUUCCUACCAGUAAUCUUUGUCCUCUCAGUGCGAGAUGUCCUAGGGGAUGGCUUGCCUUCCCUCUGUCUCCCAAGAAGGCCUCGCUUGAGAACCAAGUCAUCAGAUCUUAUCCCCUAGAGUUCUGCACAUCAGCAUUCUGCCAGCCCCUAAAACGCUCUGGUGCAGGCUGGAGCUGAGGGCCCUCUGUGAUGUGGUCACCCUUAGGAAAUGAAGAUUUGCAGAAGUGAGAAGGUUGAGUCAUUCUUUCCUAGGGAUGACUGUUGUCUUGGAGAGUCUUGGACUGGCUCUGUUCUGACAGCAUUUUAAGAAGAUUGUAGGGGCUUCGCUGGUGGUGCAGUGGUUAAGAAUCUGCCUGCCAAUGCAGGGGACACGGGUUCGAGCCCUGGUCCGGGAAGAUCCCACAUGCCACAGAGCAACUAAGCCCGUGCGCUACAACUACUGAGCCUGCACUCUAGAGCCCGCGAGCCACAACUACCGAGCCCAUGUGCCACAACUACUGAAGUCCGUGUGCCUAGAGCCUGUGCUGCACAACAAGAGAAGCCACCGCAAUGAGAAGCCCGCCCACUGCAACAGAGAGUAGCCCCCGCUCACCACAACUAGAGAAAGCCCGCGUGCAGCAGUGAAGACCCAAUGCAGCCAAAAAUUUAAAAUAAAUAAAUAAAAUAAAAAUAUACGAUAUUCGUUUAAAAAAAAAUAGAAGAUGGUAGCAGCAGUGUACUUUUUGAAUGUCUUCCAUAAAAAAAGAAAGACAACUAGGAGAAAACCCCCAAAUCCAUGUGCAACAUCUGCAACAAACUUAGGGUGUCAAUAUAUCUCCCAUGGACCCCCAAAUAUGAGCAAGUGGGAAGGAGCCCUGGAUGCUUCAAGACCCACGUAAUAUCAGCAACUGUGCAGAAGGAUGCAAAAGGAAACAGGGGGGAAUCUGAGGGACCUGAGAACAGGAGACCCUCAAACUGUCUACAGGUCCUUGCUAGAAAGCAUGGUGGGUCUGUUUGAGAACAGCAGCCAAAACAGGGAGGGACCUAAUAGAUUAUUUCCCAGGCCUCCCGCCCAUGCU